GGCACUUUGACAACUCCGACUGUGUUCUUCAAAUGGAGGGGCCAAAAGAGCCGCCAAAAGCCACCAUUAAAGCCGCCAACUGAAGCUUCAGACCACUGAAAAGCUCAAGAGUCGCCACCAAAGGUACGAGAAUCAUCCAUCUCAGCCAGCGGGAACUCAUUUUCUUCUUCUGCUCAGAGCUUGAAACUGACCCCUAUUUCGUUCCCGUCUUCUUCACCCCACGGCACUUGCAAAAAAAAAAAAUACUCGAAUGGUCACUCAUGAGACAAUUACAGAAACUCGGACCAUCGUCCAUCCUCAAAUGGGUAUCUUCAAAUUUUCUCGAAAACCGCUCGCCGUCCUUAAAAAUUCGAUAUUGGCCUGCUGGUUUCGUCCAUGGCGCUCUUAACCCUAGACUCUACAGGACCAAACGGCCCGUGCCAGCAGAAGAACUUGCCUGUAUAGCGGAAUCUGUGAAUAAAAUUCCUGUCGCUGUUCGUAAACCAGCGCAGGCUGCGUUAUCGGAUUACUUACAUUCCACUAGAGGCCUACAGUUCUUGGACGCCGACCACAUUAGUAGGAACUCGCCCUUCUUUCUUGGAAAACUUGUUAAGAGGAUCGAUGUUGAGGGCGAUGUCGAGGGCAAUGUCGCUCGGUUGGUUUCGCGAUUCUUGCGUUACCAUCCUAUUAAUGAGUUCGAGCCUUUCUUUGAGAGCAUGGGUUUGAAACCCUCUGAAUAUGCUCCAUUCCUUCCACGCGACAUUAUGUUCUUGAGCGAUAGUGAUUUGUUGCUGGAGAACUACCAUGUUUUGUGUAACUACGGGAUCGAGCGCACUAAGAUGGGAAAGAUCUAUAGGGAAGCGGCCGAAAUAUUUCAUCAUGACUGCGGGGUCUUAGUGGCUAAGAUUCAAGCUUAUGAAAAGUUGGGGCUUAGUCAAGACACUAUGGCCAAGUUAAUUCUUUGCAGCCCCUAUAUUUUGACUGGGGAUGUAAAUUUGGAUUUUGUUGAGGUGAUAGAGAAGUUGAAGGUUUUGGGAUUUGAGUUCAGUUGGCUAAAGGAGCAGCUUUCUGAAAAUGGUUACUAUAGAUGGAAUAGGAUUCUCGAGGCUUUGCUUGUAUUGAGCAAGAUGGCUUACACCGACGAGCAGCUUGGCAGAUUAAUUAGUCAGCAUCCUGGACUUCUGUUUGAGGAUUCAGGGAGUUGGAUGAUUUCCCUGAUCGGGUUGCUGCUCAAAUUUGGAUCUACAAUGGAUGAGUUGCAUAAGAUGUUUCUUCAAUUUCCUCAUAUCAAAGUUGAAAAAUUUGUUUCAAACUUGAGGCAGUGCUUCAUCCUUUUUAUGGAGAUUGAUAUGGAGGCAGAAGAGAUCGACAGAAUUGUGCGUUCUCACCCAUUACUAUUGGGUUCGUUGACCCUGAAAAAAGCCAGUAGCUUGCUUACUAACUUGAAUGUAGGAAAGAAACGGCUUUGUGAAAUCAUCAAGGAAAACCCACAGGCACUGAAAAGCUGGGUUAUUGGGUUAAGAGUCAAACCGUUGGCUAACUCUGUUGAGGCUGAAAUUGUGCAUAAGACUAAGUUCUUGUUAAGCUUGGGAUUUGUCGAGGGUUCAAAUGACUUGAAACGGGCCCUCAAGCUGUUCCGCGGCAAGAGAGGAGAGCUUCAAGAGAGAUUUGAUUGUAUCGUGAAAUCUGGUUUGGAUCGUACAGAUGUUUGUGAAAUGGUCAGAGUAUCACCUAAAAUUCUUAGCCAGACGAAGGAUGUCCUUGAGAUGAAGAUUGAUAUUCUUCUAAAUGACUUGAAGUAUCCAUUGUCAAGUUUAGUGAGAUUUCCGGCUUAUCUUUCUUUUAGUAUUGAGAGGGUUACGACUAGGAUUCCAAUGUAUAAUUGGUUGAAAAAGAAAGGAUCGGUUGAUCCUUUUUUAUCAUUGAGUACUAUAGUUGCAUGCUCAGAUAAGGCUUUUGUUGAACUAUAUGUAAAUCGCCACCCUGAUGGCAUUCGUGUUUGGCAAGAUUUGAGGAAAACAAUUAUUCAUGAGUAAGUUAUCAUUGCUUGAUACUUCUGUGGUUUUAGUCCUGUUCGAUACGAUGUCUCUGAGCUAAUGUGAGACAUUUAUCAAAUUGAAUGAGGCUUAUUCUUAUUUAGUUUAUCAGCUUUACAACAUGUACGCACAGACAAGGAAGCAUUGGAUUCAGAUAGGGGAUGUGUUUUUUUGAGUCUCUAUGUAUUCCUGCUGUAAAGAUUACUCGGGGCAUUCUAAUGCUUUUCAGUUGGUUUGGUUAUCUAUUGUGAAAUUUGUAUGCUUUGCAUGAUAAAUGAGCCUUGUGAAUUUUGAAAAAUUUCCUUCGUACAUGGUCUUAAACUUGGGAAAUCAUCUGGCAUUCUGUUAAAUGCAUCUAUUUCUCCUCUUCAUUUAUUUGUUUCAUUUUCAGGUUAUCCAGAUUAGGCUAUAAAAAUUGUUACACAUUUUUGCAAUUUUUUUGCUUCAUAUGGUUGAAUGCUAGGUACCAGAAAGAGAUGCUUCUUGUGUUAGUUGUUUGAAGUAGAGGUGACAAAGGUUGACCAAAACCCAAUGAACUCGCCUCCCCCUUUUGAAGCUGACUUGAUCCAAAUCUGACAAGAUUCUAGUUGCCAACAUGAAUCGAUAAUAACCAAAUUGGAACCAAAUCCAUCCAAUACAAAUUCUGCAUUCCACCUGAGCCUGAAGCGACCUGAAUAUGAGAUAGCCUGGAUGCAAGAAUAUAUCGAACCCACGAAGGAUCUGGAAUUUAAACCAGAUCUGACUUGGAUCUGAAGAUGGAAAUCCCUGGUAGAAAUCAAAUUCAACAAUUUGAAUCUGAACUGGUCCUGUGACUGGAAAAAAGUUGAAAUUAAACAACCUGUUGCUGAAACUGACCAAUGCCCUAUAUAACUUGACAGCAUGUUGCUGAAGCUGACUAAUGCCCUAUAUAUAACUCAAUCGAGAGCCAGUCCCUGCCACGUACUAUGUCUAUUUUGAAGUGGGAUAUCAUUUUGUCACAUUAGUGUUACGGGCAAAGAUUAAUUUCCUCUGCCGAAUAUUCUUAGUUACUCUAUCUGCUUUGUGGGCGGAGGAGGGAGGGAGGGAGGCCCUUGAAAUGGAGAAAACUAAGGUCUAGGAAACAAAAAAGAGUUCGAAGGAAACUUCUAUUGUAGUUAUGUAGAAAAUUUUUAGCCACAGGAGGAACAUCAGGGAAGAACAUGAAAUUCAAAGCUUCCAAGAAAGUCCUCUUUGGGCAUCCAGGUUUGCAUAUCAGAUGAUCGGUCGAUGGCUUUAACCCCACUCUGAAUUAUACUUGAUUCUGCUUUAUCCCAUUAGUUAUCGAACCCAAGCCGCACUUAGUGGGAAAAAGGGAUUUGUUUUUGGCUGUUUUAUUGUUUGUUACCCAGUUCAAGGAUUAAAAUGCGAUGGUUUAGGUUGAAGCAUGACAACAGUAAGUCUGCACUAAGACUGCUAAUUCUUCUAUCAAUUCAUCGGCAGGCUGCUCUGGUUUGACAUAUUGAAUUCUGUAAGUGAAUCUUCUCCAAUUUAAUGGCUAUAGUCAUAUUUUUUCUGUUUGAUGGUUAACUUUUAGAACAUGUAAUUAUAUCAUCAUGUGCAUAAGCUUCGCUUAAUUGUUUGCCCCAAGGAAAUCCACUUAAUUUACCGGGUCCUCUGAAUCCUCAUGCCUUGUAGCUCAGCUUUGUGGAGAAUUUCCUGUUGGUUUGACUAUUCUUCUUGUCCUUCCGGUCCUGUUAGCCAAACUCAAGUCUCAAACAGUAUCGACUUUUGGAGAUUGACUAGUAAUAUUGAGCAUUCUUAUGUGUGGCUCCACUUUCAUACUCGCUGUGUUGAAAAAGUAUGUGCAGCAUCACCAAUGUUCACUUGGGUUCUUGGCUGACGCUAACCCAGCUGUGUGGAGUUUAAAGUUUCCAUCUUGUUUGAUUCUCUAAAUCGCAAUGUUCAUUUGAACACCGUCAAGGCAAUAUCGAAAUGUCAUUGGAGCAGUAUCCUUAACUAGAUGUGGAGUUUAUUGCCUCUUGCCUCUCCAUUGAAAACUUUUUUUUUUUUUUCUUCCUAAGGUUGGUACCAAUAUUCGCUAGAACUGUUCUAUUUACAUCGCCGAUGUGCCACAUUGCAAUUUUUGCAUGUUCAAGAAUGAAUCUAUAUCUUUCAAAUUGUCUGUCUCCAUUCUCUGCUGGCAUUAGCUGUGGAGAAUCUAUGACCUGAAAGUCCAGUUUCUAGCUUUUUCCAUGUGGGUAUUACAAUAUUCUUCCCGGUAGAUCAGCUUGAUUGUUACACUGAAUUUACCAAUUUAAGUGAAAUUAUUGACUUGCUACUUGUCAACUGUAUGUAUAAACUCUGCAUGUCAUUUUAUGCCUUGAUGAGCCUUUUUCUUCUUCAUAUGUUAUCGGGAAAGAGAUUAGAUGUGCUUUAUCAGGAGCUGCCGGAUAACUGCAGAAGUAUGUUCUUGGCAACCUACCGACCCAACUGCAAAAUUUGAAUGAGCAUGUAGUUAUCAUCGUGGUUGACGUUUCUGGUGCAAUUGAAAGGAAGGGCUUGCAUGUAUGUGGGUAUCCAUUAAAAAUCCUGUUGAGGCUUCUGGUACCUUGUCAUUACUAGGAAUUUGAAUUGUUGAGUUUGCUCUAGUUUGAAAAAUGGGAUAUACCUUCUGCUUCCUUUUGCACUUUUAUAGGACAGUUACAUGCCCAGAUGAUAAAAGGGGUACAUCAUGCCGUGAUCCUUCCGGCUGUCAUAGACCUGCUAGUUUCUGAUUUAGCAUAAUUUCUCAUGGAAGAGUGCUGGGCACACUACACUUUGGU